CCCGAGCAGAGCCAUGGCGGCGGGUGGUUCAGAGCUGCCCCGGUUGAAGCCGUGCCUGAUCAGGCGGAAAGGCCAACAGGAGCAGCAUGGGGUGGCCGCCUCCACUCUCCAGGAGCUGCAGACUAAAGCCUGCAACCUGCUGGCAAUCGGCCCGGCCUCCCAGCCUGUAACUUUGGUACUGGCUGAAGAUGGUACCAUCGUAAGCGACGACGAUUAUUUUUUGUGUCUGCCCCCAAACACCAAGUUUGUGGCGGUGGCCAAGAAUGAGAAGUGGACCAGCGGCAGCACAGUUUCAGGUGGGGGCACAGCUUGGCGAGAGGAAGAGAUCAUUCACACAGUUGAAGUGGACACUGUCGGAGAAAAAUGGAAGCUUUUGGCCAGACAGCUCAAGAAUGACCUUUCUACCAUCAUACUGAUGUCUGAGGAAGACCUCCAGGCACUCAUUGAUGUACCCUGCUUAGAUCUGGCUCAAGAGCUUUCAGAGAAUCAGCUCCAAACUCAGAGGUUACAGGAUACGCUGCAGGAGACACUGGACAGGCGGGAAGAGGAGCGUCAGUCCCGUCAGCUUCUGGAACUCUACCUGCAGGCAAUAAAAAGAGAGCAUCAGGUUGUAUCUACCGCAGAAGAAUCAGAAGUAGAGGAAAAAUCCACGGAAGGAAAUGAUACUGUGGACGCUGGGAGCAGCGGGCCGUGUUCAACAGGAAGCACGCUGCUCAGUACCCGCGUUUUGACUGUGCUGAAGGAAAAGUCUGCUCCAGAACUCAGCCUGGCCAGCCAAGAUUUAGAGCUGGUUUGCAAAGAAGAUUCAACAGCCCUUUCUCGGGCUCUGAGCUGGGAUAAACACAGGACCGAAGCCCUAAAGGAGGCAUGUGGGCAGGAGCUUUCAAGACGACUGCAACAAGUCCGCACUCUAAAUUCACUGAGAAGCAUCUCCGAAGGCAAGAAAAAAACGCCAGGGGUUGGGGAACGGUCGAGUUCUAAACGCAGGAAGGAAUCGCCCUGAGAGUGGAUGUCUUGCCGCGAUUAACCGCCCUCUGGGUUUCCUGAAUGGUAAUGCCGUGUCUUUUCCAACCGACCAAGCACGUUUGGACAAAAUACAAAAGCAAAGGACGUUCGGCAACUCGGUAGCAUCUCACCUCACCAGACUGUUUAUUUACAUAAAGUGCUAGUCCAGGAAAAGAAAUAUUUUCCUUUUCAA